AUGGGAAGUUUCAACACUAGUUCCAGAGAAGGCUUCAUUUUGGUGGGCUUCUCAGAUUGGCCUCAGCUGGAACUUGCCCUUUUCAUCUUUAUUUCAAUUUUCUACUCCCUAACUCUUUUUGGCAAUACCACCAUCAUUGCUCUCUCCUGCCUGGAUCAUCAGUUGCACACACCCAUGUACUUCUUCCUCUGUCAUCUCUCCUUCCUGGACCUCUGCUAUACCACCAGCACUGUGCCUCAGCUACUGAUCAACCUUCAUGGAUCUGCCUAUGGAGGGUGUAUGGCCCAGCUUUUUAUUUCCCUUGCCCUCGGCUCUGUUGAGUCUGUGCUUCUGGUGGUGAUGGCCUUUGACCGCUAUGCUGCUGUCUGUCGACCACUCUACUACACGGCCAUUAUGCACCCCCGUCUCUGCCAGACACUGGCUGUCAUCUCCUGGGUGGGAGGUUUCAUGAACUCUGCGGUUCAGGCAGGCCUCUUGAUGGCCAUGCCCCUCUGUGGCCCCCAUUACCUGAACCACUUCUUUUGUGAGAUGCCUGUACUCCUGAAGCUGGCUUGUGAGGACACACAAGGGACAGAAGUCAAGAUGUUUGUGGCCCGAGUCAUCAUCAUGGUGUUUCCUGCAGCACUAAUUCUAGGCUCUUAUGUCCACAUUGCUAAGGCAGUGCUGAGGAUCAAAUCAACUGCUGGAUGUAGAAAGGCUUUUGGGACUUGUGGGUCCCACCUCUUGGUGGUUUUCCUUUUUUAUGGCUCAGCCAUCUACACGUACUUCCAACCCAUGCAUAGUUAUUCUCUGAGUGAGGGAAAGUUUGUUGCCCUUUUUUAUACUAUAAUUAUCCCCAUGCUAAAUCCUCUGAUUUAUACCCUAAGGAACAAGGAUGUGAAGGGGUCUCUGACGAAAGUACUAUGUAAAGGCAGAGAUUCAGGAUAGGAGUGGAAAGGAGAACCAACAAUUGUCUGUAGUGGGUCUCAGAUCAUAGAGAACAUCCUGUUCCUGGAAAGGCAGUUUGUGUGUAGAAAAUAACCCUCGACAGGCCUCAGGGUUUUAGCACCUUACCUUCCUUGUUUGGGAGUUGGAAGUGGGGAUCUCUUGGGACUCUUUCUAAUUCAAUAUCUUUGAUAAUUUUGCAGGAGGGAGUAAGUAUUGAUCUAUAUCACAAUUUUCCAAAGAAAUGAGGUUGGGAAGGAGGUAUUGUGUUCACAUUUGGUGAGGGACUGGGUUCUAGGCAAGCCUGAGAGGGAGAGAAGGCAAUUCAAAAUGACAGCACCUUUUCUAAAGUCAGUGAUUCCCAGCAUGGUGCCAUAUAAAUGUACCCAAAGGCUGAGGACAAGAGUUCACGCCUGCUUUUCUACAAAUUAUCUGUGACCCCAACCUAGUUCCCUCACCCCUCAGGACCCGUUUCAAAGGUCUCUUACAUAA